GGCGGGGCGGGAGCCCAGUUGGGAGAAGGCGGCGGCGAGCGAGCAGGCGGCAGGCGCGGUCCCUGCGAGCAGGCGAGCCAGCGCGAGCGGGAAGACUCAGCCACCAUCCUCACCAGCCAGCCCACAGCGGUUUAUUCCCUUCCUCGGGAGUGCGCCAAUGCCUGGGCCGACCCAAACCCUGUCCCCAAAUGGCGAGAACAACAACGAUAUCAUCCAGGAUAACGGGACCAUCAUUCCUUUCCGGAAGCACACAGUGCGCGGGGAGCGUUCCUACAGUUGGGGAAUGGCAGUCAAUGUGUAUUCUACCUCGAUAACCCAAGAGACUAUGAGCAGACAUGACAUCAUUGCAUGGGUUAAUGACAUAGUAUCGUUAAACUACACGAAAGUGGAACAGCUUUGUUCAGGAGCAGCCUAUUGCCAGUUCAUGGACAUGCUCUUUCCAGGCUGCAUUAGUUUGAAGAAAGUAAAAUUUCAAGCAAAAUUGGAGCAUGAGUAUAUUCACAAUUUUAAACUUCUGCAAGCAUCAUUUAAGCGAAUGAACGUCGAUAAGGUAAUUCCAGUGGAGAAGCUAGUGAAAGGGCGUUUCCAGGACAACCUGGAUUUUAUUCAGUGGUUUAAGAAAUUCUACGAUGCAAACUACGACGGGAAGGAGUAUGACCCGGUUGAGGCUCGACAAGGCCAAGAUGCAAUUCCUCCGCCUGACCCCGGCGAACAGAUCUUCAACCUGCCCAAGAAGUCACACCACGCAAACUCCCCCACUGCAGGCGCGGCUAAAUCGAGUCCAGCAUCUAAACCGGGUUCCACACCUUCUCGUCCCUCGUCUGCCAAAAGGGCUUCGUCCAGUGGCUCAGCAUCCAAGUCUGAUAAAGACUUAGAAACACAGGUCAUACAGCUUAAUGAGCAGGUACAUUCAUUAAAACUCGCCCUUGAAGGUGCAGAAAAGGAAAGGGAUUUCUACUUCGGGAAGCUGAGAGAGAUUGAGCUGCUCUGCCAAGAGCAUGGGCAGGAAAAUGAUGACCUCGUGCAGCGACUAAUGGAAGUGCUGUAUGCUUCAGAAGAACAGGAAGGCCACACAGAAGAGCCGGAAGCAGAGGAGCAAGCCCAUGACCAGCAGGCCCAGCAGCAGGAAGAGUACUGAACCGUGUUGGCAGCUCAUGACACUUCCAUUGUGCAUGGGAACUUUUCUUCUGGAGAAUUGGAAUGUGCGGCCUCAAGCUCAAGAGAAACCAGUUGUUCCCAGUCUGCCGUUACCAUCAGUGCACUGUUGCAUACGCCAGCCCUGCACUUGGUUCACAUUUCCUUUGCCAAGAUGCAUUAGCAGACGGCCAUCCUGGCCGCCUACCUGAGAGAUCAUAGGGUCACAUACCUUCAACUCACUUGGCUGCUUGAGAUUGGUUCUGCUCUUUUCCUCAUUUCUUUCCAGAACAACUCUUCCCUGUCCCAAAACUACCACCACCAUCACCACCCCUUUUUAUCCUGGUGUGAAACAAUGGUAAUUUGAUAUAUGGUAUUUAUAUUGGCAUUUCUCAACCCAGUGUCACUAGAUGUCACAUGCAUUUGUGGUGCUUUGAUGUUUGCAAGUCUAACUUCUGAACAUAAAUUUGGUCAAGUAAUUGGAACAAAGGGAAACAGAUACUUGAUAUGAAAGCCAUAAUGACAGUGACUUGUGUCGUAGGGAAAAACAUAGGGUCAGUUUGUCCCUCUACUCACAACAGUAAAAGGAAAGAAACUGAUUCGAAGCUUAGGACUUCAAGGCCCAGCCAGCAGUGUUCCUAGAGCAGCAUGUUAGACAACCAGGCAGUAUGUUGUUAGUUCUGAAAGACAUUCACUCAAGGAAAACACCAUCUCAACUUUGCCCUCUCUGCGCGCUCCUGCCCUCUCGCCCUCCCGCCCCCUCGCAGUUGUUCCCGGGUUCUCAUGUUAUUUUCUUUCUCAGGGUCCUCCUUGGUGGGCAGCCACCUUCCCCAGAAUGGCAUCAGUUAUGUUCAGUUCAGAGGGGGUCUUGGUAGCUACAGAUCCUCCUGCUUCAUCCCUCCUCCUUUUCUCCUCCUCCUCACGUGGGUUUCAAACCAGAUCCCGUCGCUCACACGAGGGGUUCCUGCCAAAGGGCGACUUCCCAGAGCGCAGCCUGCGCUGCGUCAGGCUCAGCGGCAGCUUGCACACUGGCUGAAAGGCUGGAAGCGAAGACCUCAGUCAUAGGAGAGUAUUAGUUCCAAGGGAAAGUCACAGUUCUGCAGUCUGGUGUUGACACUGGAUCAACAGCACAGAAAAACCUAUGACUCCCAGUAACUUCUGGAACGAGGAAUUUCCCCUCUUCAACACAAGGGCCCUCCUUGUCAUUGACAUUUGCUAAACCAUGGCAAUUCAUAAACAGAGGAAACAUUAAUGAAUUAAAAGCAUUCCUUAUUUUUUUAACUAAUAUUUGCACAUUUUUCUUAGUCUCUUUCCAGAAUCUUUUGCCUCAUUUCCUCCCCUUUGACAAGUAGUCUCCCUUCCUGGAUCAUUCAUUUCCGUUGAUUCCUAACUUUAGAUUUACUUUCUUAUUAGCAGGUGCAGCAAAAAUAAACAGAUGCCCCCAACCCGAUCUCUGCUUAAUUGAAAAGCUUAAAUUUCUGAAUAAUGUAUCAUAAAACCUUGAAACUUCUGUAUUAAUUGAUGGAAUGAUUCUAAAUUCUAGCAUUGAAGCUUUGCACCAAAAGAAGUCUUUCCGAAAUAAAUCAUUUGCAGCAAAGUGGUAUUUAUUGAGUUAUGUAUGGAAAAGAUGGCUUGUAUUUUUGAGAUUAUUACAACACACUGUGCAGAAUUGGACAGAUGUUCCGUGGUGUUUGGUUUCCCUUUUUUCUCUCUCCUGCUUGCUCUGCACUAUAGUGGCAGCUCAUUUCUCAGGCUAGAAAGCCUGGCUCCCAGCAGUGACAUCCUCCCACACCUGUUUAUAGGUAAUGGUUGUGCUAUUUACAACAUCAUGCUUAACGGUGUAUUGCCCCCUUAACCUGUUGUACUCACUGACUAUAAAAAUAGCCCUUGUAAAGAGGCACAAUAAAUAACUCCUUACAGAUACUUUCUGUGGUUCCUGGGAUAUUCUUCAUCUGCCCUGGACAUCUUAGUAAUACCCAGUUCCAGGUGGUUCAUGACCACAUUCCUAUCAUGUGGGUGCACGUGCACAAAUAGCAGGCAGUCAGGAUCCCAUCUUCUCCAGAACCACUUGAUACCAUGUAGUUUCCGUAUCUCUCCCUGAUGACUUGAACCAACUCCCCAACCUUUGAAGCUGUACUGGCAGAGAGCACUCCCAGGAACCACAUUCCACUCUUUCAGUGGUUUGGGGCAGACUAGAGCUGUGAAUUCCUCUUUCUGUCCCAUCUUAAAAAUGUUGUCCUGCUGCACCCUAGAUAAUGUCAUGGAUGCUUUGGGUGCUCUAGUCAGCUAUGUUUCAGUCUUCUCUGGCUGUCACCCCUGCCACUGUAAACCACUGCACACUCCUGGGAGGUGGGGCCCCAUCAUGCUCUCAUCACUUAGGGCGUGUGUUCCUCCCUGCCCCAUCCCCAGUCACAGCAUUGUGCCGGGUGGACAGGUAUUCCUGGGCGUGUGCCCUGCUCCGCCAUCUCAAGAUGAUUUCUUAGUAUCACUUCAUGCCCACUGUUGGCUGGUUAUAGCACUUCCAUUGCCACUGUCAGAUUGGAAGUGAUCGAAGCAGGGGGUAAAGAGAAAGCUUAUGUUCAUUCUAAGCAGAAAAGCAGGAAAAACAGACAAACACCCUAUUGACCCAAGAGAAGUAAACUCCAGAAGGGAACCAAGAAUUCCUCCCUUCCCUGGUGAGUAUUUCCAUUAUUCCGUUACGGUUUAAUAUGCAUUCAGAUUACUUUUACUAAAUAGUACACCAUAAAGCUUUUGUUAUAUAUUAAAUGUAAACUGAAAGGAAUGUAAACAUAUGUAUUGUUAAUUAUAAAUAUAGAUAAGUAAUGACAUACUAGAUGAAAAGUCUUAUUCAGAUGUAUCACAUUCAUUUUACAUUACCCACCUAUUGUCGCAUGGUAGAAUAGUUUUUUGUCUGAAUAUGUGAAUAACUUGACUUGCGUUGAUCUUUUUACAUAUUUAAUAAAAAAAGUAUAUGUUAAAAUGUG